GUAGGGGACUGUGCGGGAAGCUGGGGGUGGAUGCAUGGUGGGGCCCGGGGUUCUGGGCCGGGAUGCAGCCCUACUGAGCCCCUUUCUGGUUCUCGACAGGUGAUGGAGACCCGCCAGGUGUCCAGGAGCCCUCGGGUUCGGCUGCUGCUGCUGCUGCUGCUGCUGGUGGUGCCCUGGGGCGUCCGCACUGCCUCGGGAGUCGCCCUGCCCCCGGUCGGGGUCUUCAGCCUCCGCCCCCCAGGACGGGCCUGGGCGGAUCCCGCCACCCCCAGGCCGCGGAGGAGCCUGGCGCUGGCGGACGACGCGGCCUUCCGGGAGCGCGCGCGGUUGCUGGCCGCCCUCGAGCGCCGCCACUGGCUGAACUCGUACAUGCACAAGCUGCUGGUGUUGGAUGCGCCCUGAGCGCGCUGCCCGUCCCCAUCUUAAUAAAGACCAUGCCCUGCGCUCCGGACUGCGCCUCGUUCCUGAGCGACCUGCGUGUGCGUUGGG